AUGCUGAUUCCACUCACCCUUGUCACUGCUCUUGUUUUUCUCAGCGCUAUUUUUAGUGCGAUAUCUCUAUUCACAUACGGUUCGUUGAGUUCUUUAGUGAUUUCUAGGUUUAAGAUGAGAGGAGUGUUACUUCAGGGUUCGAAACGAACCCACUGUUCCCGUUAUGAUUGAGGGAGAAGACUCUUCAAUCACUAACUUCUAAAGUUUACUGGACAACACAGAGAUGCUACUUUCAGGUUGGGCAACUGUUUAUCCCUACAAUCCGCUGUACCCUUUGGUCGGUGAUGAAGAAAUCUACGUUGGUCUCGUCCCAUUUGAUUCGGUGAGUUCACAUAAUCUGAUAAUAUUGAGUGAAUCGGGUUUAGACAGCGUUCGGAUGGCUUGUGGCCACCAGCAUCUUUAUGUACCUGAACUUUACCUGCACACUUCUCUGCUUCUUUCUCUGCGUAAUUGGUGUUAUGUAAGUAAGAAAGUCUGAACUCACUUCUUAUAAUGAUCUCCCAGAUUGUUCCUUGUUCGUGGUGACUCCAAGUUUCAGAAGAUUGUUUUCGUAUGUCUCUGUGGUUGCACCUUCCUCACUGCUUUGUUUGGAGCCAUUGCCUUUGUCAUAUUUGUUGCGAACUAUAGUGAAGAACUUUCGGAUGCGUUUCAAGCUGAUGUGUCGGUAGGAUCAGAUCGUUUGCGGAUGAGUAGUUUGUUUUGUAGAUCGGAUACUCGCCAUUUCUGGAUCUAAUUGGUUUUGUGGUCGCAAUAAUUGCAACCGGUGUUUCGGCGUUUUUCACGAUCGCACUUAUCAAUUCGGACGACGAGAAUUAACAUCUUCCACCUUUUCUCCAGUUUCUCUCUCUUCUCUUUAUACUUCGGCAUCAUUUUUUGUGAACGCAAACGCACGCAAAAAUAAAAAGAUUUGUUGAUAAGAAAAAUAUUCUAUUCGCUUCGACCCGUGCUUUAUCGAUACAGAUCCUGAUCCGAGAAGUUCUUGUUGUUAAGUCCCGCCCGCGCACUCUCCUGUUCUGAUGGUAAACGAAAAGAAAGAAAAGGAUAAAGAUUGGAAGGAGAGUGACAUCGAAUUGAAGCCGCCCGCCGAUUCACCUCUCCCUUCCGCUCCACCAACUCCGGCCACAUUCACUAUACAUGAACGCCGCCAUUUGCUGAUUUCGAUUCAUUCAACGUACACAUGAACUUUUCCGUACUUUUUCUAUGCUCUUUUCUAGUAUUCUAUUCUGACACUAAGAAAAUCAAGUUCAAAAGCUCUGGAAGUUCAUCUGGCAAGCGACAUGUCUCACCAUGUUUCUGGAAUCAAACAAGAGGUACGUAACCACAUUUUGUUUGCUAACUUGUUUGUCUAUCUGUUUGUAUGAAAUUGAUUUGAUAUUGUACAUGAUCGCUUCUUUUUCACUGCGAAAGUGAUAGCGGAUAGCGUAAUUGAAUGAAAUAUAUGGUUACUCAAGGAGAACGUGUCAGGACCAGAUCUCGGGUGGACUUGCUUUCCUUGUUAACAUUGAGAGAAAAGUGAAUACAGUUUUCGGGCGGAUCAAAAGUUCGCUGUCCGCUUUUCCCGAAAACUGACAAGAGAUAUGCGGUCAAAUGUUCCGAUCGCAACAUCAGUGUCAUCAUUUCAGCGUGGACACUUCCUUAUCAGAGUAUUACCGUGGAAUGCUGUGAUGAAGAACUUGGAAAGAUCAUUCACGAAACUAUUGAAGAGGGCGGACUAGAUUCAAAACUGGGAGAUCUUGCCAAAGUUUGUAGUUGCAAAGACAAUGUAAUAAUGAAUGAUUUUUCCAGUUCAUUCAAAGAAGAUCUCAACUUUUUUACCAUAUGAGUUUCGAAACGAUUAUUUCAAAAAAGAACUUUGCCAUUUCGAGUCAUUACCACGGUUCUCAUUCCUGUCGGAUUUACGAUGAUCAGCAUUACUUCUUGGUCUACGAGACUCCAGUUCAGGUGCUUUUUCUCAACUUUUAAUCCAAAUUAGUCUAAAACUUUUCAGUACGAUCCAUUCGAUCUGAGAACAGAAGACUACUUGUCGUCAAUUGACUCUUCGGAUCCGUUGGGCAGUUCAAAGCCAGCAAACUCGCGUGGAGACUUCCUCGACAUCCGAGAAGAUUCGACCGCUGGAGAAGACCUUUCGAUCCAACCCCCAAUUGAUAGCAUUCUUCAAUAUCCAAACAAAUUUGCGUGGCCAGAUCCAGGUAGACUCUAAUUUCCGAUUAAUCUAUCUUGAUUGUCAGAUGAGGAAAUCUCAAAACGAAUCCUUCUGGCGGAACAAAAAGCCAUUCAGUCAAUGAAUGAACUUUUGGAAUCGGUGACAGAGAUUGCUGUGAUGAACACGAACUCUGCUCUCAAUUCGUCGGGUCUCUUCAACAUCACCGAGAUCGAACUUCCGAAUCCCACUCCUAUCCCUCGUAAUUUUGCUAAUUUGCGCGAGAAAGAUCGUCUUCCCGAAAACACUCAUUGCGAUGAAAAGCGGACAGAUGGUCAGUUUUUUUCCUAUUGUGUUGGACACGGGGGGCUAAUAAAAAGAGAUUUAUAGUCAAACGGAGAUAUUUAGAAUUGAUCAUUACAAGCAAUUCUUCCGCUUUUCUCGCGAAAAAUUAGAAGGGAAAGGAGAAGUUGAUAAUUUGAUUAGGGACGAGAUUAAGCUACGCUCCAAACACCUUGUUACAGGAAACAAAUGUUGCGAUGGAAGACUGGCUUCAACGAUGCGCGAUGCAAUGAGACAGAUGGCCACGUCGCCAGAAUUCGGUCACGGAAAAGAAAGUGUAAUCGCUUCUGUAAGUGCAAAUGUCCUCAUCUCUCGCAAAACUACAGUUUAUUUAAGGAAAUUCAACACAAAGUGCAACGGAGGUUCAGAAAGUCGUUUGAGGUUAUAGUUUCCCGCGAUGAUUUCGUGAUUUCCACCUACACAGCUGGGGAAAACUUCUGUAAAUAUGAAAGCAAAGGGUUCUUUAUCUUGGCAUAUGCAACGCCUAAACAGUACGAUAUUGACGAGAAAGAUAAAGAGAAGAAGCUAGCUUCCACGUCGGAUCGCGAGCCUUUGGGUUCCGAAGAGACACAGUUUAAAAAUGAAGCUCCGUGGCACAUUCCUCUCAAAUUAGAACCCUACGGAGAGCGUGCUGGAUACCCAGUUGGUUCCCAUUGUUCAGCGGUUAGAACAGGUACGCACAAAAGUUUACCUACAUAAAUUGUUAAUAAUUUAUUUACAGGUUCAAGAUGUUGCAGUCUUAUUCUGUUCAAUGCAAUGAAAUCUGGUUAUGAUGCUCAUGUGGCCACUUCCAACUUUGACCCAUAUGACAUUCGAAACAUUUCGAAAGCUGUGCAAUGGAAUGUGGAAGAAGUUUUGCAGCAUUCAGCUGAAGUUAUCGUGUCACUGGAUGAUUUCGCUUACGCAAGCUACAAUAAUAACAGUUACACGUGUAAAUAUAGAGUAGAUAAGUACCACAUUUUGGCGUACACCACUCCAAAUCACGAUCUCGAUGACUAUGACGAGAUGGCGCUUGCUAAGAUUCCCAGCGAGCCGGAAGCUCAGCUCGUAUUCCCAGUUGUGGAUCGAACUGCAAGUCAAUUCCAAGUCCCAUAUCAAAACACGCCCGUCCCGUAUUAUACCACUCCAGUUCCGGUUCCAACACAAAUUUACCAGCCAAUGCCGUACACGCAACAACCCAUGUACAUGUAUCCUCAAUCAAUUUACCCUGCUCCGAUCCCUUAUCAGUAUUCGGGAUAUCAAGCGCAGUUCAAUCCGUUUCUCGGAAGCAAUCUUCAUAGGUGGAAGCGACAAAUUGGGACGUCUCCGGUGAGAAAAACAAUGCAGAUUGUAUGUGAUCGUGUUAUCCGUUACAGUACCCGAUCCAUCAAAACGUGUACAAUGACAUCGGAAGUGCGAAACCGUUCAAUUGUCCAGCAGGUCUCAGCGGCUUAGCGGGAAUGGCUUGUUGCGACGGAGGAUUACAGUACGAGGCUAACAAGGUCAUUGAUCAGGCGAAACAACAAGUGGACUUUGAUAAGCAUGACACGAGGAAUCUGGCCAAGGUUGUCACGUCAAAACCAACAUCAAUAUGAUUCAUGGAAUAUUUUCAGUUGAUGACGAGAGCUGUGCAAAAACGAUUCGGAACUACAUUUGAGUCAAUUGUGGCACAAGCAGAUUUCACUUGGGGAACGAACAAAUUCAACGCAAGAACGUGCAAGAUCGAUUCGGAAGGAUACACUGCGCUCACUUAUCAGUCUAGUUCAAAACCACCACCUCCAACUGAUUUCAUCGACAUUGUAAGUGACUAGAAAUUCUUAUAUCUCAUGUUCAUUUAGCCAAACGAUCCAACUCUCGGCGGUCCCUCAGGAAGCAGCGGCAGUGGAGGCGGUGGUGGUGGUGGAAACGGCGGAGGAGGAGGUCAGUUCAUUUAACUCUUUUCCGCUCUGUAUUUUAUUUUUCAGGUGGGGGAGCUGGUGGCAGUAGCGACUCUGUAGGUGGCGGAGGAGAUGGUGCUGGCGGAGGAAACGGAGGCGGUGGUAACGGUGGUGGGGGAGACGGAAAUGGAGCCGGUGCUGCUGGUGAUGGAAAUGGAGCGGGCGCCGGCGAUGCAGGUGCAGGAGGAGACGGUCAGGCCGGCGCUGCUGCAUUCGGAAAUGGAGGUGCUGGAGACGGGGUGAGUUGGACGAAAUCUUGAUCUGAAUUCGAUUCUAUUUCGAAACUUUCAGGAAGCCGCUGCUUUUGCUGCUGCUAAUGCGGAUGCUGCCCGAAAUGCUGCUGCUGCUUUUGCUGCUGCCAACGAAGAUGCUCAGAAUGCUGCUGCUGCUUUUGCUGCCGCCAAUGCAGAUGCUCAGAAUAUUGCUGCCGCGGCUGCUGGCGCCUCACAAUCUGACGACGAUCUAUUUGCCGCGUUUGCCGCUAGUGCCUGCUUCUCCGUGGACACUUGGGUGACAACACCGACUGGCAAAAAGCGAAUGGAUGAUCUCGAAAUCGGCGAUUAUGUGUUGACAGCAAACAUUCAAAAGGUAAUUGCAUGCUCUUUUCCUUGCACGCACACUUGCGCUUUCCUUUAUUUAUAGACGUUCUUCACACCAAUCACCUUAUGGAUUCAUCGUGAACCUGAGAAAGUCGAGGAGUUUGUCACCAUUCGGACAGAGUAUGGAAAGAUGCUUCGGCUGACCGCACGUCAUUUCAUGUACCGGAAUAAAUGUGGAAGUCAGUUCUUUUUUUAGAACCCAAAGCCCUUAUUUUGGAAUGGGUGCACUCGAAAUGUCGUCUGAAUAAUUGAUUGAAGAGCACAGUUGAACUUUGGGGUUUCAGAGCCUUACGAGCAAUACAUCACCGUCCUGCCACAAGAUUCCGAAGCUGUUUAUGCGUCAGAAUUGAGAAUCGGAGAUUGUGUCAUCAUACUUUACAAAGAGAGAUUCCGCCAACAAAAAAUCGAAGAAAUCACGAAGACUACGCGGACCGGAAUCUACUCGCCUCUGACAGAGAACGGCAGAAUCAUCGUGAAUGACAUGUUGGCGUCUUGCUAUAGUGAAGUGCAACAAAAUACGCUACAAACUACCUUCUUCUGGGUACGAGAGCACUUCCGUGAGAGCAAAAUGAUUUCAUGAAUUCUUCCAGGCAUAUGAUCGACUCCGCAGUAAGCUAAUGCAAUUCUUUGGGGACCUCUACCACAAUAAGGUAGUUUUUGUGUCAUCUACUUCUGUUUAUCAUGCUAUUUUUAUAUUCAGAUUGAGCUGCCGACGGGAACAUCCUUAUCCAGAGAGAUUAUGCAACUUGUUAUCCCACUGCGAAAGUGA